CUGGGGUUGAAUAUUUUCACGGUUUGGCAAUGGACGACCUGAGUUGAUGGUUGAAUGCUCUUGUCUGUGUUGGUGCGUAAAGAGUGUUUGCGCAUCCCUAUCGGCUGUAUCGUCUUUUCGCAUUGCGGAUGGGAGGUAAAUACACGUUUUAGCAGGUUGCCAAAAUCAGUGAUGCAAACAAAGCCUGAUAUAUCCUUGCUCCGAUGAGGAGCCGGAGGCUACUGCAUUUGGCUCUGACUGGGAGGUGCACGCAGCACUAAACUCUCCACAUGCAGCGUCUGGAGAAUGCGGACAAGUGCUCUGGGCAUGGUUGGGAUUAAAUGGAUGGAUGUCCUUUGCAAUACCUGUUGAGGAGUGUGUGAACAUAUAUUAUCAUUUCGCGCGAUGUGUUUAAACGAUGCCGCACUGCUUUGCAAAUGUUCCACAAUUCAAGUAGAGAUGGAAAGUUGAACGCUUCCAAAGUUUUGAAUAGAAAAGACCCACUCAAGAUGAUCAAAAGCCUCAUGGUUAACAAAUUCAUAUGACUCUUUGCCUUUCUGCUGAUGCUGUUGGAGUGGACCAAACCAGGGCUAUCUAACCCCCUGCGUCCGAUCUGUGACCUGCGGGUCCUAAAACACUUCAUUGAAGAGGCCAGAGAUGCUGAGGCAGCCAUGCUGGCAUGUAAAGAAGGACAUGGUCUUGCAGAGCCCGUCACUGUUCCCCAAACCAAAGUAGACUUCAACGUCUGGGAGAGGAAAACUGCACUGGAGCAAGCUCAGGAGGUUCAGUCUGGCCUGUGGCUGUUAAACCAGGCCAUCGGCUCGCUACGAACGUCCGUCACCAACACAGCGCUGCACAGCCACAUAGACAACAGCCUCAGAAACAUCUUCAGCAUCGGACAGGUGCUGCGCAGCCUCAACAUCCAGGAGUACACCCCUCCAGCAGGGGGCGUGGCUGGAGGUGAGGAGACAUGGCGGGUGUCGUCUGCUUCAGAGCUCCUCCAGGUCCACGUUAACUUCCUGCGAGGCAAGGUGCACCUCUUGCUGUCCAACGCACCCAUCUGCCACCAGGGUAGCAGCUGAUUGGGGCUCUCCAAGGCAGGGCUGAACUGAUUGGAGCUCCCUCUGGCAGGGGGGGCAGGCUCUUACACUAUUGACCCUGCUUGUUGCCAGGUAGAAGUCUAAAAGAGGAGAGUGUGUGGACCAGAUCCUCUCAGGAGAGAAUGAAGCUAUGUGGACAGAAUAGUUCCUAUUGGACCUUUAAAAGAACAAGAGCAGGUAGCACCUUGUGAAUAUUGACAUGAGGGAGGAAUGUGGUGAAGAAGUCAACCACGAAUGGGGCCCAUAUAAUGCACCGCUCUACGGCUCUUCUGUACUGUGUGUGUGUGUGUGUGUGUGUGUGUGUGUGUGUGUGUGUGUGUGUGUGUGUGUGUGUGUGUGUGUGUGUGUGUGUGUGUGUGUGUGUGUGUGUGUGUGUGUGUGUGUGUGUGUGUGUGCUUGCCUGUGUGUUUUAGCAUGGACUGUGAGUUCUCACCGCCAAGCACUGGACAACCCAUGUGGAUUGCACCUGAUGACACCUUGUUGGAGUUGUUCUGCACUGUACCUGACUGUCAGCAUUGACAGCCUGUCAAAGUCCAGGAAGAGGAGGCCUAGCCUAUACCGCAAACUCUUCAAACUUCACCGCCCACCUCAUUCUUAACACACAACACUUUUCCAACUGCUGUUUAUUAGUGUCCUUAAAUAAAUUGUAUAUUGCUCUUUGUAAUGACUUAUUUAUAGUUCUACAUUUAAGCUCGACUCACUGUCAUGGCGAAAGUAUUCUGAGAGAUAUACUGUAACUAUGAACUAGAGGCCGCCAUUGGGCUCCAACGGUUAAUCAUAAUCACUAUAUAACGCCACUGAACCAUGUUGUAAAGAUAUUUGUAUACGUCAAUAUCCAACUGUUCACUCCGGUCUGUUACCCUUCAUAGAAUAAAUUAUCUGUGUGUUUGUAUGUACUGUAUGUAUGUGCGAGAAAAUAUCUGUGUGAAUGACAGUUUUAUGCAACUCUUAUAACCCUAUUUGAACGGACUAGAGGUGGGAGAGACAGAAGCGGAGGUUCAGUCGGGUUGAAGGAGGAAACGAUUGAGAGGAAGGGCUUACGUGAGAACUCUGAAGCUAUGCUCUGAUUAUCAGUGUGUCUGGCUUAUGCAGGCCAGUGCUCAACUAGAGCUUUGACGCAGAUAGCAAGACUGCCAGGACAAAUAUUGAUUGGUUCUUAUGAUGAACAUCCUGCAUGCCUGUUUUGUCUCUCUUAUACCUUCCUUCAACCAGCAGCCAAUCAACCCGAAUCCUGGGAACCUUUGGAGUCGCUGACGUGGUGGAUGCUUUCACUUUUGGGAUUAGAGUAGUUCUCCUGGGUAGUUUUGCUUCUCGUUUGAACGUUUUACAGUCACAGUGCAGAUGUUUGUACAUGUUUUUGUCCUGUUUGUAUCAGUUGUUUUGCCCCCUCUAUCAUAGUGCAAUUUGGUUUUUAAAUACAAAAUAUCAUUCUUUAAUUUAAAAAAGGAUGGACGAAAAAAAAGGCAAGAGGAAGUUUGUUUGUCUGUGUGAUAAUUGCAUCACUUUUGUUGUCCUGUCCCCUGGAGAUAUAUCUGUGGUUUGGAAAGAAAGCCAUGGGUAACCAUUUAUUCGGAUAGUCCAUUUGUAGAUGCUCUACAGACUACAAGUAACAUUUCAACUAACUAUCUACUAACCCUAGCUCUAACCCUAAACUUAACCAUUACCCGUAUUCUAAACCUAACCUAAGCAAGCAGUUUCUUAUCAACAUAUAAACUGAGUGUAAAAAAAAAAAGAAAAGAAUAACUUCUUAAUAUGCAGGUAG